ACAACGGGUAAAACGGUAGAUUGGCAAGGUUCGUCGGAACGGCAGCACGCAGCGCAGCGCAGCGCAGCGGUGUAUUCGCACACGUAAUCGCGAACUCCGAUUCCCGAACUCCCCGAUCUGGAGCUGGCCGCCUUUUCGUUCGUUCGUUCGUUCCCAGCCACCAGGGUGUGCUAGCCGUCGGAGAAGUUGGGUUGGGAGUCUUUCGGUAACAAAAGGGCACCGUGCCGAGGAUCCUUGCACUCUGAGUUCUCUGAGAGGGGUCCGGACCCCCUGGACCGGAGCAGCAGGAACACGAGGAACUGAUCGGACAUCCGGCCGGCACCGGUGGUCCGGCAGUUCAGGAUAUACGGGGUUGUAUACGGGGCGGUUAAUGCAUCGCGAACAGCAUCAGCAUCAGUGAAAGCAGUUUAGCGUUUGUGUGUGUGUGUUUGUGUGUGUUUGUGUGUGUGUGCUUCGUUGCGCUCUUAGAAGAGGGGCAACAGGGUUUAAAGGGAACCCCCGGAACGGCCACUCCAACGACACUUGGCGCUCUUCGAAAGCGAUUACCGGAGAAAGAGAGAGAGAGAGAGAGUGCGUGUCUGUCACAAUAGACGAAAAAAAAGUGUACGCGUGGUAAACCGGAAGUGGGUACGCGCGUGUCGUUUUCGUAGCCAAAACAACCAACCACAGGCCACGCACACAGCCAUAGGCCACGCACACAGCCAAAAGGCGCAAAAGAGCCGUGCCGUUCCGGUGCCGCUGUUGUUGUUGUUGUUGUUGUUGUUUUUGGGGUUCCAGCAGCGCGGCGCAACCAGCACGCGACGACUUAUGCAAUCCGGCUUCGCGCUCCGGCACCGGUGUUUGUUCGGUGUGAGUGUGUCUACGAUGGUGUCCGACCGGCGACGGGCUCUCGCCCUCGUGCCUGCCGUUCGCCCCCUGUUGGUGUCACUGCUGCUGCUGCUGCUUCCUCAUCUGCAUCUCGCGUGGGCUGGCACCCCGCUAGUGCUGGACAGCCGGACGGCAAUCAACCCAGCAACCAACAGCAGCUACCACUACCACCAGCAUCAUCAACCGGCAGCGACGGCGCCCACCAUCAAUAGCGAGGAGGCGGCGCUGGAGCGAGCGGAAGCGAGCCAGCCCCGUAUCGGCCGCUCGCCGAUUAUCCCCGUAAAGCAGACGGUGUUGCAGCACGAGCAGGAGGUGGAGGAAGAGGAGGGCGAUGACGAUGACGAGAGCGAGUCGGUGUUUGGUUCGGCGCUGCCCAUCGCGGAGAAGCUGGUGCUGGAGCAGCAUCGACCGGCGGCGCAGAAGCUCUAUCCGGCGUUCUUCCGCAACAUUCCACCGUUAGGCCACUCGCGGCCCUACUACCAGCCGCCCGUCGACCCCGUCAGCCUCGUCGAGCAACAGCAGCAGCAGCAGCCGCCGCGCUACAGCAACAAGAUCCGGCAGAAUGCGGUGCCCGGGAGCGGUGCACCGAUCGUACCCGUACCGGAACCGGUGACGGCGGCAGCAGCCCUUCCCGCGCUUCUCGGUUCCGGUGACUUUGGCGUCAUCAAGGGUGGUACGUUCUACUACGAUAGCGAUGUGCCCGGGAAGGGCGGAGGUGGCAGCUUCCUCGAUGAGUUCUACCGGCUCGGCUACUCGGGCGGCAACAAUGGGCACGGGCGGCCACAGCUCGGUUACCUGCUGCAGGCGGCCAAGGCGGCGGCCGGUGCCCCGGGCCCACCCAAGGAGGAGCAGUUCUCCAACUUCCGCGACUUUGCCGACAUCAACAUCUCCAACGAUCCGGCCUACUCGCACCGGGCACCACAGUAUGCGCAGCCGGCGGCCGACUAUCACCACCACCACUACCUACACCACGAACCGGACAACAUCCUGGAUGAGCUGCGGUCGCUCGAUCAACAGCCUGCGCCUGCCGAACAGCGAACCGCAAAAGCAGAUGGGGGCAAUGGCAGCCGGCGGGGCAGCCGGUCCCUGCCGCACCCUGGUGACGUCACCACUAGCGAGGACGACUAUAUGAUUGCGUCUAGCUAGAGCGGUCGGAGGUGGAGAAAAUGAGAGAGAGAGAGAGAGAGAGAAACAGACCGAGUGAGAAUGAAAAAGAGAGACAUCCGGUCUCCCCUUCCCAACCACCCACCCACCCACCCCGCCUCGCCCUUUAUAUCCUGUAUGAUAAAAUGAUAUACAACCGGGUCUCUGGAUGGUUUAGAGAGCCCAAAAAGCCCCCUUUAUCGUGCGACAUGACAUCCCUAAAAUUUCUCUAUCCCCUCCCCCUCCCCCUCCCACCACAUUCCUGUUUUCUCUCACUCGCUGUCGUACCUGAGUAGAGGUGCGCUACUAGGAGCACCGCCACUGGCCGAGGUAGCGGGGUGGCCUAUAAUAUCCAUCCUCCGCUAAAGCGAAAUUGCAGCCCCAUGACAGUACUGGCCGGUUCUUUUCUGGCAUGAUUGUGAUGAUAUGUUUUGCGCGUUUGGGGCCCUGCGAAGUCUACCAUACCAGACAAACCACCCUUCCCCCAUCACUAUACUCCUGUAAGUGAGAGUCUCUGCAUCCUGGUGAGUGUGUGUGUGUGUGUGUGUGUUUUACACUUGCGUGAGUGCGUGUAUGUGUGUAUGUACGUGUGUGUGUCAGUGAGCGGGUGUCUGUGUUUUGUACUAGAUCUAUAUAUCCUGUUUAUGUCCCAGAGAAACAAGAAAACAAAACGCGCAAAAGGUGCUGAGAUGCGAGGAAGGACACAUGCACUUCCGCACCCGUGUCGCACUCGUGCCGCGGCUUCCACAACGUCCUAGCAAUUUGACAAUACUCUUAACCGAUCGUCUCGGUUUCCUCGGCAACGCAACCAACCACUUGUCUUUUGUUGUUAUACGGGACUAAUAAAAAGAUACGCUGUUC